AUGAUAAAAGAAAUCAAAGAAUACAGAGACUACAACUUAUUUUACGAAUAUGCAGUCCCUUCUCCGCACCCCACCACCCAGAUUCUUUCUUUGAUUCGCAUGAACUUAGUUUUGGUGCUCAUUUUCAUGAAACUGUCUGGAAGGCUGUGGUCCAAGGCUAUUUUUACUGGCUGUAAGCGGGGUCUCCGGAACCAAAGGGAGCACACAGCUCUCCUUAAAAUUGAAGGUGUUUAUGCCCAAGAUAAAACAGAAUUCUAUUUGGGCAAGAGAUGUGCUUAUGUAUACAAAGCAAAGAACAACACAGUGACUCCUGGCGGCAAACCAAACAAAACUAGAGUGAUCUGGGGAAAGGUAACUUGGGCCUGCAGAAACAGUGACGUGGUUUGUGCCAAAUUCCAAAGCAACCUUCCUGCUAAGUCUGUUGGACACAGAAUCCGAGUGAUGCUGUACCCCUCAAGGAUUUAA